AUGACGUUAUUUGAAUAUGUGCCCAAAAUCCUUAAUGAAUAACUUAGGACGAGUAGGAGGCAAAUGCUGCCCCAGCUGUUUCCUGUUGAAAAUGUCUGUGUAAUGUAGAUAAAUGUGAGGGAUUUUCUCUAAAUCCGUCUCCUGUUCGCUAAAUCUCACUUCUCCAAAACGAGCCUGCGCAAUGGAACAAAGUCGGAAUAUUGAGAUGUGACAUUGCCUGCAUCUCAUCCUCUUUCUCACCGUUUUUAAUGACUUCAAACAAGUUCAUUUUCGCCGGGCUUUGUCUUGCGGAGACCCGUGGGGAUGUCUAGCGCUCUUUCCUUUCAGUGGCAUUUAUGUGAUGUCUUCAAGAGUGCGAUGUGCUGUAUCUCCUGUAGCCACACCCUCUCACUACUGCUGUGCGUCCUCACCCUGACGCCGACGCCAACAGGGGCGGGCCCAGAGACCCUGUGCGGGGCGGAGCUGGUCGACACGCUGCAGUUUGUGUGUGGAGAGAGAGGCUUUUAUUUCAGUAAACCAACAGGCUAUGGGCCCAAUGCACGGCGGUCACGUGGCAUCGUGGACGAGUGCUGCUUCCAAAGCUGUGAGCUGCGGCGCCUGGAGAUGUACUGUGCACCUGCCAAGACUAGCAAGGCUGCUCGCUCUGUGCGUGCACAGCGCCACACAGACUUGCCAAGAGCACCUAAGGUUAGUACUGCAGGGCACAAAGUGGACAAGGGCACAGAGCGUAGGACAGCACAGCAGCCAGACAAGACAAAAAACAAGAAGAGACCUUUACCUGGACAUAGUCAUUCAUCCUUCAAGGAGGUGCAUCAGAAAAACUCAAGUCGAGGCAACACGGGGGGCAGAAAUUACAGAAUGUAGGGAAGGAGCGAAUGGACAAAUGCCCAGCGACUUGGGAAGAGAGAAGGGAGUGGCCUUACCUGGUACCCCUGUGGAAUGGUUCACUGUAAAACAAAACAAAGAGGAUGCUAUCAAAGGUCCGAAAAGCUCUUCAAAAUGAUUGAAACCUGAGAGCUAAGUGGUGUUUAAGGGUUUGAUGAGGAAUCUUGUGAUUAUUUUAUACACUGCACCAUUCCAUAUCGGGAGGAAUUCUUUGUUAAUGCAAUGUAACAGACUAGUUUAGCUGCUGAGACCCGAACAAGAGCUUAUUAUACCUCCAUGUGUGGGCUGCAGCAUCCCCUGGCUCCAGAAAAGGUUUGAACGGAUCCAGGCUUCAGCCCAUCAGAGAGCGGCGGUCUGUGUUUGAGAAUAAGUUGCCCGUCCGGUCAUAACGGUUACUAUCCCAGUUCAAAUCUGAUUCAUUUUGUUUUUAUUCACCAUGCAUUACUGAGGAUAUUUGUUAUGAGUUAAAAAAAAAAGAGGUUUGCUUUAAAGGACAAAGACCAGAUAGUUCAUCAGAAUUUAAAUAUUGUUGUAGUUAUUUUACCUUGAGCCCAAGUCAAAUCCCCACUUCUCAUCGACUGGCAGCUUCUUCUGUCUAAGUGGAGUCCCUUGAAGAUUUGAAUCCAAUCCAAAUCCCUCGAAAGCCUUAGGAAGUUCUGAAUAUCUGAGGAUUGAGUUUACAAUACAAACACUUCUGUACCAACAAAUCAAGCACCAUUAGAGGGGAUCUUUGGGGAAAGUGGGAAGUACAAAAACAAGAUUGUGCCUGUUUUAAAAGUCUUUGGCCAGUCAGUGCAUGGUGCUCGUUUGGUUUCAGAAAUCGGUUAUUCACUGGAUUCAGAGUGCGUUUGGCACAAGUCAGUGGAAUGAGUCAAAUUGGGUCAAUCAGGCAGGAAAUGUUUUUCGUGGCCGAAUCAAAUUUUUUGUCAACAAUCCAGUCACCGAGUGGAGGCCUGUGUUCGAGGUUAAGCGCAAGUCAUGAAAGUUUAGUCACGGUAAGUCAACAAGCGCUCUAAGAAAAGUAAGAUCUUUUUCCUGUUCUCUUAAAGAACUAACACUAUGUUCCCAAAUCUGUCAACACCCAAGUUUAAAGCAAAAAGAAGGAGAGGCUCAAACAAUAGCCACAUAGAUGUGAAGUUUAACGAUCAAUCGAUCUCAGUUAUAUUUUGUUAGUUGUUUAGGGAGGCGGAGAACUUUGCUACUUCAGUUGUCGCUUGGACUGCAUUACGUGCCAUCAUGGCGAGAGAACAACAAAACUCCACAGCAUCUGUUGCAAAGUCCACCGGAGAAACAAGCAGAUUAAACGAUUUGGUAAAUAUUGCAAAUCAAAAUGUCUUCCUGGAGAUAUAAGAUACGGCACACAUAUAACAAACCCACAUACAAAAAGCACCCACAGUGUAAAUGAGAGUUGUGUAACUGUGAGCAAGGGUCAAGCACACACACACACACACACACACACACACACACACAAACACACACGUACACACACGUUUCAUGAAUAGCCAGUUCUGAGAAGUCCUUGCAUGAGGACUGACAGUCACAGCUGUUUGUUCAAGCCUCCAUGCAGGUUUACAGUCAUUUUAUUGCACAAACCGCCCAAAACAUCUCAUCUCUGCCUCUGCCUCCUCUGCCUGUGUAUAAUCAAACAGUACUCCCAUUUAUGUUAUACCUAUGCAUUACUAUCAUUCAUUGUACAUGAUGGUUUCAUAUAACAAAACUGUAUUAAGAAUCCUAUCCACUGUAUAAUGGUGCUAUUUUGUAGUUUGUUACUUGCAAGAGAUGGCUAAGACAGACAGAUGGCAGGGCUUACAUUGGAGGUCUUCCCUUUUGCACAGCCUUGUGGCCACCAUUUUAAUAGUGUUUUUAUUUGUAAGCUGUUUCAAUAAGGUAGUAGUGUAAGCGAGUAAAUGUAUCUGUGUGAAAUCUGUGAAUGCAUGGAGAUUAAAAAAAAUAGAAAAUACCAUGUUGUGGUCCCUAGAAGGCAAAAUGCUAUUUUUUCUACUGUUUUUGAAUUAUUUUCUCAACAUAGAUCCCUUAUGCCAAAUAACUUGACAAAAGUACUGUGAACUGUCAUUCUUCCAAUUGUAUUGAGAUUGUUAAAAGUCAUGGUGUGCUUGUGUCUGUCCUGAGAUGUAUGUGUACAUGCACCUCAUUGGAAGCCAAGGUAUUGAUUAUUAAAAACACUUAACGCGACUUCUGCUGAAUAGCAGCCACUCUGGCUACAAGUGGUAAUUACAGGAUAACGGUAUGUUAAAUUUGCCUCCAUUUCCCAAGAUUCUCGUGAGUCAGACACCAUUAUGUUUAUCUGUGACACGCAAACCAGUAUAGUAACAAGAGCACAAGUAGAGAAGAGUCAUAAGAUCGGCAAAUGUAUUCAUUAAUAUCGCGCAGCGUCUCGCUUAAAGGAAUGGUUUGAAAUUUUGUGAAACUUUAUGUCGGGAGUUAAAUGAAAAAACAAUACCAUUAUCGUAUCCUUUCCGUUAAAUACAAGGACUUUGACCAGCAGCCGAUUAGCUAAGCACACACACACACAGUGGAAACAGGAGGCGUCACCUAGCUUGGCUUUGUCAAGGUUAAGACGAUAGACCCUAUAAAACCACGAUUUUUUACACCUUAGUUUUUCUUCUUCUACCAAUUAAACAAACAUGAUGUUUAUGUUGACGUUUUGGAGGUUCUGGUUGGAAAGCUAGCCAAGUAAGCCUCCCUGUUUCCAGUCUUUAUGCUAAGCUACGCGUGGCUAAGCGGCUCUGGCUGUAGAUAGAGUGCUGCAGGAAUGAGUCCUAAAACCCCGAAAUGAGUUAGCAUUUGUUGCACUUCCGGUUCCCUCGCCUCGAAGUCAAAGGGUGUUUUAAAUGGGUUUUUAGUCUUUUUAGAGAUUUUCACGUUUUGUUGUACAACAUAAAAUGCGUCAGUAAAUACCCCACGUGUGGAUUUUGAAGCUUUAAUGUGUCUUAAAGAAACAGAAGGCUAAAAGAGACUACAGAUGUCGUCAGGGACAUUCAACCUCCUCACAUCUAACUCCGGUUCGCCUUUAGCUUUAGUGCUGCUGGAGUCAUGCAACUGUGCUGGAGCUCCUUACGUUAGAGACAUGUGUGACGAUUAUCUUGUUGAACGAAACGUGUUAGCAUCAUAAACAUUUGUUUUCCACAGAGCUUAUUUUCUGCAAUAAUACAAAAUCCAAUGGAAAUAUCCCAUUUGGCUUUUUGUUGAAGGAACCAGCGUGAUGCUAACUUCUAGGUUGGCCUACAAAAACACGUCAUCCCUUCGGCACUCUAUUUAGCCGACGGAUAUGAGAGCGUCAUCCAUAUUCUCAUCUAACUCUGAACAACAAUGCAAAUAAGUGUAUUUCUCAAAGUUUUGAACUUUUGCUUUACGUUAGCUAACGUUAGCCGCCUGCGCAAGCUAAUGGUCACACCAGACCAAAUAAGGCUGUAGUGACAAACCCCCUGAGUGUUGAGCAUUUUGACGCUUAUGAAUUCAACUUUUCAUCUGUUUCAUAGUCUCACUUUAAGAAUAAGCCAGGAGUUUAAUUUAUUUCUAUCAAAACAUUUGUGUGUGAAAGAAAUGUGUUGUUAUCUGUAACGAUCAACAUAAGAAUUUACACACGUACUUUGGUGUCUAUUCCUUACAAAUUGUAUUCUCAGUCCAUCUGGUGGCUGAAAUUAAAAAGAGGAAUUUAGAGCAAUUCUGGUCCCUCCCAGAUUUUCAGAUAUACAGUACAAACCAAAGACUUUUUUUAAUGAGAACAAAGCCUCACUCUGCAUUAUUAUGCCAUGAACCAGAUCAUUAAAUAUCAAUUGACCCCAUCCUUGUCUGAAGUGCACUACAGGUACGAUACACUCUUCACACACUGUCUCUGGUACCUGAAAUACAGCUUAUAAUGUAAUAGAUCCUCCUGUGUAUCUGCUAUAUUAAAACUACCAACGUCAAAUGAUGUGACCAUGACUCAAACAUUUUUUGUGUGAAAUAAUAAUCAAUAAAGCCUAAAAUGUGGGAAUGAGAGAUUCCCCACUCUGUGAGGUGUUUCAUGAGAAAAUGUAAUUUCCUGAAGCUCACUGUCCAAGAAACUGUUUGAUUACAGCGCUGUUAUUUAUGGUGCUCAAUUGCCUUCUGUAGAAAAGAAAUACUGACAAAUUGUUCACCAUUCCUGCUGAAUAAACCACUUGUCAACAUCA